CGUGCGAAAUUAACUCAAGCUCUUACGUAGUCGAGUAAAUUACAGCUGACUGUCAACACUUGGCCAACUUGUUUGUGAAAAAUAGCAACUUCACUUUGUCCAAUUUACAAAAAAAAUAAUUAAUAAACACCAGAGUAACUCUUAGACACCACGCGAAAAAUCAUUGCCGACAUUUUAAGAUACGGAGGAAUUAUGUGAACCAGAUUAACUAUAAUUCAUCAAAGUUCAAGUUCACCAAUAUAAAUUAUACUCCCACAGCAAUUUACUGCCAUCAGCUAAUAGCUAAAAGUUUAAAGUUGAAGAUUAAAUUUAAAAAAUAAGGAUAUAAAAUCAUGACAUGGUUGGGCGACAUAGCAAACAAUGUAUUCCGCAACAUAGUAUUUGGAGAUACGCCUCCGAAUGUCGUGCUGGAAGUGCGCUCGGACAAGUACAGCAAUCGGCACAUCCACUGCCGUGAGGAAGGAAUAAUGUUGUAUGGCCCCGGAGAUCGAAAUAAUGACAAAUACGAGAUAGUAUUGCACAGGCCAUGUCAAGAAACCCUUUCCCAGUCGUUCAGUUUGUUCCGUUCGGAGAGUCUGGAAGUCGCCGAGGUCCGAUUCACGGUUUACAAGGACAAGGUCCCAGUUCUGGUCCAGCUUUGCAAGGAUCUGUGCAACGUGACGCGGAUCCAGAAGCUUUGCGACACUUUAUCGGACCAUCCAACCUGGACCCUGGCGCACUUGGCAGCCCAUCUGGCGCUCUAUGACGUGUUCAAGCACUUGGCUGUGAAUAAGGAUCUCAAUACAUCUGAUCAGACCACGGGGAUAUCGCCCCUGCAAGUCGCGAUUCAAACGAACAAUCUGCAGAUGGUUGUGCAGUUGAUCAAUGAGCGGGCGUCCAUCGAGCACUUGGACUACACAGCGAACACGGUCUACCACUACGCCGCAGGAUCUACCAAGGACAUUGUAUUCGCAUUGGGCCCCAACUCGCCCAAUGUGCUGAACAGCCGCAACAGCCAGGGACAAACUCCGUUGCACGUCGCCUGCCAUAAUGACAAACCGGAAUGCGUGAAAGCGUUGCUGAUGAUCGGAGCGGAUGUUAACAUUUCUGCAAGCGAGUCGACUGCCAAUGGGCCCAGUUACGUGAGCGACUUGAUGAACGAUAAUGCGAAAUCGCUGUCGCCGGAAGAUAUGAAGUUUGGAGGGACUCCACUGCAUUGGUCAUCGAGCCGGGAAGUUGUUAACGCGCUUAUUGAAGUCAAUUGCGACAUAAACGCGCUAAAUUUUGAUGGCAGAACGGCGCUACAUAUUAUGGUGAUGCGGAAACGCUUGGAUUGUAUAAUGGCGUUGCUCAGUCACAUGGCGACGGUAAAUAUUGCUGAUAAUCAGGGUAACACUCCGCUACACUUGGCCGUGCAGAAAGGCGGGUUGCUGCCGAUAGUUCAGAUGCUGAUUGGAUUUGGUGCGGACAUUGACGCGAAGAAUUUCAACAACGAGACCCCGAGACACUUGGUCGACUUGAAGGGUGAGGGCGAGAAGAUUUUGUACGCGCUCCAUGCGGUUGGGGCGAAGCGCUGCGACAGUACCAUGAAGGAUUGUGGGUUGGGAUGCAGGCAAGGUGAGACUUUUCAUGGAAUCGCACCGCCAGAGCCACCUACGUCGAUACCACGGACUAUUUUGGACCAGAUGUUGUAUGUGGCGAGUAUGGCCAAGAUGGCGUCGCAAGGAAAUAGUAAGUUGAAAGGUGGUAGGCUGCUGUGUCUAGAUGGCGGCGGUAUUCGUGGACUAGUUUUGGUCCAGACCUUGAUCGAAAUCGAGGCCGUGCUUCAGAAACCUAUUGUGUCGUGCUUCGAUUGGAUCGCGGGAACUUCUACUGGAGGAAUCCUAGCGCUGGGGUUGGCAGCGGGUAAGAGUUUGCGCGAAUGUCAGGCUCUGUAUUUUCGAAUUAAACAAGACGCAUUCGUGGGAUCGAGACCCUACAGCAGCGACAGUCUUGAGAAGGUUCUGAAAGAUUGCUUGGGAGCUGACACAGUUAUGGCAGACAUAAAAGUACCAAAACUCAUGAUAACGGGAGUACUUGCCGAUAGGAAGCCAGUAGAUCUUCAUAUUUUUCGUAAUUAUCCAUCCCCUAGUUAUUUGAUGAAGAUUCCGCCCAAUCCUAAAUUCAAGGCGACUUUGAUGCCAGAGGAACAACUGCUUUGGAAGGCCGCGAGAGCCACUGGAGCUGCGCCCUCGUACUUCCGGGCAUUCGGGCGCUUUCUCGACGGAGGCCUGAUUGCCAACAACCCGACGUUGGACGCGAUGACGGAAAUUCACGAGUACUGCUUAGCUCUAAAGGCUGUGGGUCGCGAAGAAGAGGCAACUCCGCUGUCUCUAGUCGUUUCUUUGGGCACCGGAGCGAUUCCAGUGUCGCCGCUUAAAGACAUUGAUGUUUUCCGUCCGGAAAGUCUUUGGGACACCAUGAGACUCGGAAUGGGAAUUUCGGCUCUAGGGACCUUGCUCGUGGAUCAAGCGACUGCGGCCGACGGGCGCGUAGUUGACCGGGCUAGAACCUGGUGUUCCAUGGCCGGAAUCCCGUACUACCGCUUCAAUCCUCGGCUGUCUGCUGAUGUCGUCAUGGACGAAAAGAAUGAUGAAAUUCUCGCUGAUAUGAUUUGGACCGCCAAAGCGUUCAUGCACGCCAAUAGGGACCAGGUCAAAGAGCUUGCGGCUGUGAUGUCCAGAGAUCCAUAAAUUUUUAUCUCUUGUAAUUUUAUUUUUAUCUUAUUGAUAAAAUAGCUCUAAGUACCUCUAAGAAAUCUCACUCUCUACAGAAAGAUCAGUUCUCUGAUUGGUCCUUCCAAAACAUAGCCUAGAAAUUCAACAAAAUAUUUCAUGUAUGAAGAAUCUGUUUGAAAAAAAACUAAAGCCUAAGAAGAUUUCUAUGAGUCCGUAAAAGGGUCAUCUUUUUUCCCGCCAUUUUUCGAAAAUUAAGCCAUUACUGCGCACCCGCAUUAGUGAAAAUUCAUGCACUUCAUCAUAGCCAUAGUGAAGAAAGGACCAUGCUUUUGCGGACUUGACUAUACGUUAACUAGAAUAAUAUUUUUAUUUAUUUUUUUUUUUUUU